UCCGUGACAUCCCACCACACACGUGACAUCCCACCACACACCCGGGCUGAACCCAAGGCCAUCACCAUGACGCGGGACCAGAGUGGAACCUGGGAGAUGGAGUCUAAUGACAACUUUGAAGGCUACAUGAAGGCCCUGGAUAUUGAUUUUGCCACUCGCAAGAUCGCGGUACACCUGAAGCAGACGAAGAUCAUUGAUCAAGAUGGUGAUAACUUCAAGACGAAAACCAACAGCACGUUCCGCAACUACAACGUGGAUUUCACUGUUGGAGUGGAGUUUGACGAGUACACAAAGGGCCUGGACAACCGGCAUGUUAAGUCGCUGGUGACCUGGGAAGGCAAUGUCCUCGUGUGCGUGCAGAAGGGGGAAAAGGAGAACCGUGGCUGGAAAUCGUGGGUUGAGGGGGACAAGCUGCACUUGGAACUGACCUGUGGUGACCAGGUGUGUCGUCAAGUGUUCAAAAAAGAAGUGAUGGACACACAGGAUGCCUGUCUGGCUUGAGACUCCCCACUGCCCAUCUGGUUCUCUAUUGGUUUUGGGAAGAAGCCAAGGGGACCCUCCAAAUGCUGACAGAGCCCCAUGAAGGCAUCUGGACAGAUUUUUAACAGAAUGAGUGUGUAACAAUGGCAGACAUAAUUCUUCUUUUAUUUAAAAU